ACGUCAUUAAUAUUACACCAUUAUAUUACAUUUUAUUGUUAGUUCACCUUAUUAUCAAUCUGUUAGUGUACAAGAUGAGUUCCCCAAAGAUACUACAUAUUCUAACAAUUCUUAUAUUGUUGAAUAUUAACACCGCUUUGUCUGAAAGAUCUGAAGUAGAUGCAGGAAGCUCAGGACCCGAUAAAACUUUUCUUCAAAUCCUCGCAAAUAAUUGCUUCUUGAUUAAAAACGAAACUUCCGAAAACACUGGCGACAUAGCGGAAGAUUUAAAUGGAAAACUCGAUGCUCGACUUUUCAUUUCCACCACCACCGGACUCAGAGUGGACACCAAAACCUUCGCGAAUUUGCUAACAGAUUGCUUAACAACUCAAGCGAAUGUAAAUGUAAAUAUCCCUACUGAAGGAUUGCGAAACAAUGUGCAAAUGCUAGCCAAUUUGGUUUUCGAUAACAGAGAAAUACCCUACGAGCAAGUGAAGGAUUUGAUGCAUUCGAAACGUUCCAAAAGAAGUACCGAGAACAAUCCUCAAAACAUCAUCCAGCAGUUGUUGCUAGACUUAAUUAUUACACCGCUGAAGACCGGUGUAAAUGCUCUUUUGGAUAACGCUGGUAACAUUAUAAAAUCAUUUGGAACGUCGUCUGAAUCGGUUAAUAACCCGGUGCAAAAUCUAGUACAAGAAGCUACCAAUGGAGUUAUAAAUACAAUACUUUCUUUGAUAGAUUCGGUUAAGACGAAUGUGAAUUCGUUGUUAGACAGCUUUGUAACUCCUAUUAAUGGAAAUCAAACUGUGGAAAAUACACCAAAAGCUCUAGUGAGGACGCAAACUAACAAUAUUUUUUUUGAUAUAAUGGAGAGUACUCUGGUAGGUCCUAUCAGAUCGACGUUUAAUCGCAUUAUAGUGUCUCUAAAUAGUACUAUUUAUUCAUUUUAUACCACCACUCCUACAGACAAUCCUAUUCAAAGCGCAUUGAAUGGUAUUAUUAAUGAGAUAGUAAUGAACUGCAUGCCCGUUAUAAAUAAAAUCCAUGCAGUAGUAAAUGGUGUAUUGAAUCAAAUUAGCAACGGCAAUAUUACUGUUUGAAAUUGAAUUUUGCUAAUAAAUUGUAUUGUUUGAAUCACAAUGAGUUUGAAUUUACUUAAUUUCUUAGAAAAAGGAUAAUUGUACAGGGUGAAACAAUAAUUGUGAAACCUUGAAUUUACAGACUUGAGGUAUCCGCAUAGAGGAAAAUCAGGUGGAGUCAAGUCUGGUGAUCUCGGUGGCUGCUCAAUAGAACAUCUUCUUCCAAUCGACAUUUAUAUUUUCAUAGAAAAUCCGUACAUUGCAAAACUACACUCUUAUUGGUAAUGUUUUAUUGUUUUAGUACGAUUGGUUAGUAAUUAGUAUAUUAUAACAUUUAUCUACAAAUUUAAACUAACGAAAAAACAAUGUGUGAUCUUUAUCGAUAAAACUCUUUAGCUAGCAUCCUUCGCACCAGCAUUGGAGGCCGAAGAAGCUGCAAUGGCCGCUGACUCGUCCUUCUUCCUUGCAAAUCCUGCGGCAACCCUCGCUGUCCCAUAGUUGAAUGCAAGGACCUGUGAAUCUUUCUGACAGACAAUCGCCGAAAGCGAGUUCGGUUGUAAUGGCGAUGAUGAGGAGAACGGCGAAAAUAAAGUAACCCUUCAUUUUUAAC